CUUCAUCCACUAAGUUCUCUUUGCCUUCCUUCUAUCCUUACUGAGAACUUGCACCCCCCUUUCGGAUCUCUCCCUUCCCCAAUUAGGGUUUCCUCUUUGAGGCUCACACAUCAUCCCCUCUGCAAUAACUUCCUAAUUGUCUUCGAAAGACCAUAGAAGACACCUUCUUGAAAGAGCUACUACAAGGGAAAAAGUGAAAAAUGGCAUCUUCCAGCUCUUACAAUUCCCCCUGUGCUGCCUGCAAGUUCUUGAGAAGGAAAUGCAUGCCCGGUUGCAUCUUUGCACCUUACUUCCCGCCUGAGGAGCCACAGAAAUUCGCCAACGUUCACAAGAUCUUCGGUGCAAGCAAUGUGACUAAGAUGCUGAAUGAGCUCCUUCCUCACCAGAGGGAGGAUGCCGUGAACUCCCUGGCCUACGAAGCCGAGGCAAGGGUAAGAGAUCCUGUCUACGGCUGUGUCGGUGCUAUCUCUUUUCUGCAAAGACAGGUCCAAAGGCUCCAAAAAGAACUGGAUACCGCCAACGCGGAUUUGAUGCGGUAUGCCUGUAAUGAAAUCCCUACUGCCUUACCUGUACCGCCAGACAUGGCCGCGACCUCAGUUCAACCUAUGGCGGCUUCUCAUCAGAGACCGGUCGGCAGCUUCUACCAGCCCCCGGCUACUGGUGGUUUCUCUCUACCUUAUAAUUCUCUUCCAUGGAAUGACAACCCAUCUGCAGGUGGAGGAGGAGAAGGAGGUAUCUGAUGCACUAAAACUACUUCAAUUUAAAAACCCCAUUUAGGGUUUUCUUCCAUAAUGGAGAAUCGGAAAGUCUCUCAUGGUAUGGUUAUAUAUAUAUAUAAAUUCUAGUCAAGGUUUCCGGCUAUUGGAAGCCACACAUAAAGGGCUGUUUGGGAUCAUUCUAUUAAUUUUCAUCGUAAUUAUUUUGAUGGGUAUGGUACUUAUGGACAGUAGUGUACCGUUAAUUAGGACACUGGACCUAAAUAAGGGAUGAGUUGUGGUGGCUACUACCAUGUACCUUUAAUUUUCUUAGGCAUGCGCAUGUUUUUAUGUCAUUGUUGGUGGUUAAGAAUAAAUGGCAUUAAUGACA